AUGGUGUCGGAACAAGAGCUGUUGAAAUCAUAUCCUCAGACUUGCGCCCCCACUGCGGUGCAAGGUACCCCAGGUAACCUAUCCGAAGUGCAACAGAAAUCGCUUGGCGAGUUCCGUGAACAGCUGAAGAAAGGUGGCUACAGUGAAAGACUAGACGACUCGACCUUGUUAAGAUUUCUAAGAGCCCGUAAGUUUGAUGUCGCUGCAUCCAAGCUCAUGUACGAGAACUGUGAGAAAUGGCGUAAGGAGUAUGGCGUCGACAAGAUAUUUGAAGAUUUCCACUACGAAGAAAAGCCUCUAGUUGCCAAAUUUUACCCUCAAUACUAUCACAAAACCGACAACGAUGGGCGUCCCUUGUAUUUCGAAGAGUUGGGGUCCGUCAAUCUCACUGAAAUGUACAAGAUCACCACACAGGAGCGCAUGCUCAAAAAUUUGGUGUGGGAAUACGAGUCGUUCGUUCGCUACAGACUCCCUGCAUGCUCCAGAAAGGCCGGUCAUCUAGUCGAAACCUCAUGCACCAUUCUAGACCUUAAAGGCAUUUCUAUCUCUGCCGCAGCUCAAGUUCUCAGCUACGUCAGAGAAGCUUCGAACAUUGGCCAAAACUAUUAUCCAGAACGCAUGGGCAAGUUUUAUCUGGUCAACGCUCCAUUCGGAUUCUCCACCGCUUUCCGUAUUUUCAAACCCUUCCUAGAUCCAGUAACCGUCUCCAAGAUCUUUAUCCUAGGGUCUUCUUAUCAAAAAGAGCUUCUCAAACAGAUCCCCGCAGAAAACCUACCCGUCAAGUUUGGUGGUAAGUCAGAGGUCAGCGAGGCAAGUGGGGGACUUUACUUGUCUGACGUUGGACCUUGGAGAGACCCCAAGUACAUCGGACCCGAAGGUGAAGCUCCUGUUGCCUUCAAGGUUUAA